AUGCCUUUUCACUUAAUAACAUUAAUUUUGGCCUGUUUUACGUUGGUGGGACUAGCGCAGGUGGAACAAACGGAGAAUGCUAACUUUCAGACUUUUAGCGAUACAAAUUCAAAGCAAUUAAGGUUAGAAAAUCAUGAAAGGAUUUUGGACAUUUCUUUUCUUCAUGGUCUUGCUAGUGGUGACCCGACCACAGAUUCAAUAAUUUUAUGGACUAGAGUUACACCCAAAGAUUCCAAUUUCACAGGUAUUGUUCAAGUUUACUUAAAAAUUUCAAGUUCUCCCUACUUCGAUGAUGAUUGUCGUACCUUUGCAGUGUUUACAAAUUAUAUGAUUGAUUAUACUGUUAAAGUGGAUAUCGAUGGAUUACAACCUGAAAAUUAUUAUUAUUAUCAAUUUUUCGCUCCAAACGGAGAAACAACUCGUGUGGGACGCACAAAAACAUUGCCAAAAAAUGAUUACGAUGGGGAGGUUAAAUUUGCUGUUUAUUCCUGCUCCAAUUAUGCUGGCGGAUAUUUUACAGCAUAUUCAAUGCCAGUAAUUAAAAACUCAGUUGACUAUAUUGUUCACCUAGGAGAUUAUAUAUAUGAACAUGCGAAUGGUGACUACACAAAUGGUACUGGUAUUAAUAGGAUGCAUAUGCCAGAUAGAGAGAUGUGGACAUUGGACGAUUAUAGAGAAAGAUAUUUCCAUUACCAUUUGGAUAAGGAUCUACAACUUUCCCAUUCAAUGUACCCUUGGAUUCUUGUCUGGGAUGAUCAUGAAAUUGCCGAUAAUAGUUGGUUGAGAGGUAGUGUCAAUUCUAAUGGUUGGAAAUUCCUUAACAGAAGGGAAGCAGGCAUGAGAGCUUACUUUGAAUGGCUUCCAAUCAGACCACAAGAAAAUCCGUUCAAAAUUUGGAGAGAGCUCAAAUUUGGUAAGCAAGUGGACCUUCUGAUGCUUGAUACGAGACACUACUCAAGGGAUGUUACAGAUAUAUAUUCCAAUACAAAUUAUAUUGCAUCUAUAGCGGAUAGAGAAGAACGAACGAUGAUGGGAUUUGAUCAAGAGUACUGGCUAUAUUCAACAUUGAAUAAAAGCCAAUCGAAAUGGAAGAUUAUUGGUAGUCAAACAGUGAUUAAUCAUGUUGAUUUUACUCCAAUUGAUAAAUGGAUGGAACAUCCAUUCAAAGAGAGAGAUUAUGAUAGCUUUGAUGGAUAUACUGCAAACCGUAGAAGAUUACUCUCUACGGUGAAGAACAACAACAUAACUGGUGCAGUUAUUAUUUCAGGGGAUUUUCAUAUUGCUUGGGUUCAUGAGCUAUUUUUAGAUACCAAUAGCUAUGAUCCUGUCACCGGAAAUGGUUCAUUAAUGGUUGAGUUUGCUACAUCAGCUACUAGUUCUCCCUCGACUUUCCCCAGAGAACUUAACAUUGAACAGUGUUACGAAAUUUCAAAUAAAUUGGUUGAUGGCAAUAAAGGAAUACUUUGGAAUGAAGGAUGGUUUAGGGGCUACUUUGAAAUGAAUGUUACAACAGAUGAGAUUAAUGUGAGCUACUUUGGUGUGAAUGUGACAAACCCGGAGCAUGAAGAGAAAAGUCUUGCAAAUUUCACAGUUGAUAAAGACGUUCCUCAUGUGCGUCGUAAUUUUGAAGGUCAACCAAGUUUUGGAUAUCUUGACUCUAUAGUUAUAAAUUGA